AUGAGUCAGCCAGUAAGAGUUUUAAAAAAAACUUUACGCAAAGAAAUGAGUAAUAUUCUCAACCAAAUUCCUCCAGAGAAAAUUGAGGAAGAAAGCAAUAUUGUAACAGAAAAAGUAAUUUCUUCACAACAAUAUCAAUCAAGCACAUACAUAAGUGUGUACCUUAGUAUGCCAAAAGCCGAAAUAUCAACAAAAUCUAUAGUUUAUGAUAUAUUUAAUCAAGGAAAAAUAUGUUAUGUUCCACGUUGGGAUGGAGAAAGUAUGGAAAUGGUCAAACUUGAGUCUUUGGACGAUUAUUCAUCACUCAAACUAAAUAAAUGGGGUAUCCAAGAACCAGAUCAUGAUCAAAUUCGAGAUACUGCAACUCAAUUGGACUUGAUUAUAAUGCCUGGGCUGGCAUUUGAUCUCAAUAGAAAUAGACUUGGUCACGGCAAAGGUUAUUAUGAUGGAUAUUUGACGAAAUGUCGACAAUGGGCUAAACCACCACUAACUAUGGCUCUAGCCUUAGACAGCCAAAUAUUAAAAGAUAAAGAUGUUCCAGUGACUAAUCAUGACCAAAAACCUGAUUUCAUCAUAUCACCAUACCAUGAUAUUGGUAUUUAA